AUGGGGAAAAUAUCAGCGAACGAUAAGCUUAAGCAACGUCAUAAUCCUCUUUUGAAGGAUAUCUCUUCUCAGGGAGGUAACUUGAGAACCACGCCUAGAUCAGCACACGCAAAGAAUAAAAAAUCCAGAACCAGUGAAGCAAAUGAACCGAAGGGGGAAGGGUACUUGGAUGCCGUCAGUUCGAGAAAGAUCUUACAGUUGGCAAAAGAGCAACAAGACGAGUUAAGAGAUGAAGAAGAAGCCCAAGCUCCAAGCUUUGCACAAGCAUUUAAGCAACAAGAUGUGAGUAGCGAUGAAGAAGAAGAUGAUCAGCAAUACUCCGACUUGGAAGAAGAAGAAGAAGAAGAGGAGGAGGAGGAGGAGGUUGUAUACGACGAGGAAGAGAUUGAGGUUGACGAGAAAGAUGCAGAGCUAUUCAAUAAAUACUUUCAAAGUAAUGGUCCUACUGCCGAUGGACAAAGUAUAAACUUGGCCGACAAGAUUCUUGCAAAAAUCCAAGAAAAAGAGUCGCAACAACAAGAACAGGUUUCUGAAAGACCUGAAGAUGCAGUUUUACUACCUCCAAAAGUCAUUAUGGCGUAUGAAAAAAUUGGUCAGAUAUUGUCUACUUACACCCAUGGUAAAUUACCAAAAUUGUUUAAGAUUUUACCGAGUUUGAAAAACUGGCAGGAUGUAUUGUACGUUACAAACCCAGAGAAAUGGACUCCUCACGCUACAUAUGAAGCUACAAAGUUGUUUGUUUCCAAUUUGACCGCCAGUGAAGCACAAAAGUUUGUGGAAUCAGUACUUUUAGAGAAGUUUAGAACAUCAAUUGAAGAUUCCGAUGACCAUUCAUUGAAUUACCACAUUUAUCGUGCUUUAAAGAAAUCAUUGUAUAAACCAGGUGCAUUUUUCAAGGGGUUUUUGUUACCAUUGGUGGAUGGAUAUUGUUCAGUUCGUGAGGCCACUAUUGCUGCGUCAGUAUUAACAAAAGUUUCAGUUCCAGUUUUGCACUCAUCAGUUGCAUUAACUCAAUUACUACAAAGAGAUUUCAGUCCAGCCACCACUGUGUUUAUCAGAGUAUUGAUUGAAAAGAAAUAUGCGCUCCCUUAUCAAACUUUGGAUGAGUUGGUUUUCUAUUUCAUGAGAUUCAGAAAUGCAGCACAAGAUCAAAUGCAAAUUGAUGAAAACGACGAUAAGAAAGCACCACAAUUGCCAGUUGUAUGGCAUAAAGCGUUUUUGUCAUUUGCCCAACGUUACAAGAAUGACAUCACUGAUGAUCAAAGAGAUUUCUUACUUGAAACUGUAAGGCAAAGAUUCCACCAUGCUAUAGGUCCAGAGAUUAGAAGAGAAUUGUUAGCGGGUAAGCCAAGACUAACCGCAGCUGAUGUACCAAAGAAAGGUGGAUUAAUGGUUGAUGCUUUCUAA